ACAUGAUGAUCCAGAGGUUCAUCCAUAUCCACAUUUCCAGAAGAUUUAAUCCCAUCACCAUGACAACAAGACACCUGUCAUCAUCAUCGUCAUCAUCAGAUGACCUCUGGCUGUCGUCCUCCUACAAGUUCUUCCUCCCCAACCCCACGCGCUGGAUGGACAAUGACCAGUUUGGACACGUCAACAACACUGUCUACUACUCCUACUUUGACUCUGUCAUCAACAGAUACCUCAUACACCACUGUCACAUCGAUUAUGAUGUCAUCAGGGGCUUCAUGGUCCAAACUCAGUGCGAAUAUAGGCGUCCGCUGCAGUACCCUGACGUGCCUGUGGUGGGAAUGUUUGUGAGGAAGAUCGGGAGGUCCAGUGUGACGUAUAACGUGGGCCUGUUUCCUUCCUCAGUUCUCAAGGGUGUGUCUGGAGAAGUUAUGAAGAUCAUGAGCGAAGGAUUGUUUGCGUCACAAUUAACCAAAGGUACAGAAGAUGUGAAUGCGCUUGCCGUAGGAUCUUGCGUACACGUAUUUGUGGACACACGGACUAACAAACCUACACCGCUGCCAGACAACUUGAAGACAGGUCUUCAAAAGAUCCUGAGCAAUGUGGAAAGUCGACUUUGAGCAGUUUGUAUGGAACAUUUUACAGGACAUGAGGACUAGCUUUUGUAAAAAAAAAGGCAGGGACAAAUUAUGUAUGACAACUUAUCUCAAAUUUUUUUGUUACAUAGACACAUGUUGUGUAACUUUUUAAAAUCACUGUAAUGUUUCAUGAACUUGUCUGUAUUCCAUUGUACACCUGGUGACCAUGAAGUUCUAAAUACUCCCAAAAGCAGUUAGUACCCAAGCAACUGGGCAUGAUUUUGGAACGCUCAGACGUUUCAGACAUCAUCCAGUGUCUUUCAUCAGUCAUCAGUGAUACUGAAGAUUUUGUUGGAGAGAAUUUUAUAUCCUAUAGCUAUCUAGGAAUUGGUAUGAAAAAGAGAUCUAGUUUAGAACAGGUUCCAAAUAGUGUCUGUAAUGACAUUCCUUUUGGAUAACCGUUAAAGGCUGUCUUCAUCAUCAUAAUGGCUCCACAUGAACCUGUAUACACAUUUGGGACCACACAGUGCAGCAGCGACAUCUAGCUGCAGUGUGGAGUACUGCAGCAUGACACCUAGCUGCACUGUGAAGCAGAACUAGUCACUAUUGCAGUGAGGAAGGUGACAGGCAGCUACCAAAAUGUCCUCAAGGUAAAACACUUGAUUGUGUUCAAAGAACUUUGUUAUCUAGUGCCUAACCACUAGUUCACCUUUAUCUGUGGGGUAACCUAUAUCCGUUCUUUUAUAAGCAGGGUAUUUUGGGAUGGUUUUAACUGCGUUAUUUUGAAAAUAUUACAUUUUGAAACCACCAUCUGUCGACUUGAUAUCCCUAUAUACCAAGUUUCUAAAUACGACAGAUAUUUAGGUUACAAGGUUAACAAGCGUUACCAUUACCAACAAGCUAUGCAGGAAUGCUAACUUGAGUACUAUCAGAUUUCUGAAACUUUGAAUUCUUACUUUUGACGCUUGUAUCCACUAAUCAAAAAUCAAAGACCAGAGAAGUACAAGUGUGUGUAACUUUAUUAUAUCAUGUACAACAGCCAUUCAUUUGACACAGUGCAAGAGACUCGGAGUAGAAUGUAGGCAAACACCAUGGCAUGUAACAUUAAAACCAAUGCACCAUUGUUUUUUGUACAUUGCGAGAAACAUAGCUGCACACA